UUUAUAUAUUAAAUUAAUAAAUAAUUGUCUUGUAGUACUUGUCCUAUGUUCGCAUGUUGCUCGGUUGACGCCAGAUGAUGUAAGCUGAAAGUUUUGUACGUAUUGGAACAAAAAUGAUUUGGUAAAGUUGUAAUUAUUUUCAAAAAUUUAAUCUAAAUAUAUUAACAUUUUUGUUUUAAUCAUACCGAUUAGUAUCACAUAUAUUGUAUAUUGAAUAUAAUAUUUAUUUUGACUGCUUCCUCCUUUGUCUCGAAGUACAUCCGCCCCGCUGCCCGGUGCCCGCGUUUCAGCAUCUUCGCAUCUUCUCGUUCACCAUCUUCACCGGCACACGCGAUUGCAGGCGUGAUUUCAGAACUUACGACUUCGUGUUAGAUUUUGUGUCUUUUAGAAGUUCAUUUUCGUUGGUGUGCGAUAAACUGUAUUUAGCAAUCGAGAUUGUGUUUUAACUAGAUUAAUUUUCAAACUAACUGCAGAUUUCUUAGAAUAAAUUUCCUGUUCAGCGACUUCAAUCUUCAAUCAUGUUUUGGG